AUGUUCUCAAAAACCUUGACCUCGAGCAGAGCCAUGCUCUCCAAACCACCAAGUCUCAUCCGUCAUAUGGCAAAUCAGCUACCAUCCAAAGCAGCUGGUGACAUUUCUUCGGUCUUCCCCUCACUAUCUGGUGUAGUCCCACCACCGCUCCCAGAGCGCUUCGCAGAGAUAAAACGCAAACUGAUCGAAGGUAACGAGGAACGAGUCACCGAAAGCUGGGAACGAUUAUUGGGGCAGUUGGAAAUUGAGACUGAGAUCGUGAGGCGAAAUGGCCCGGGUAUCAUUCCGCAAAUCGAGUUCGAAGACCUAAAAACUGCCCCAGAGCACUUCGUUAAGGAGACUAAGAAGCGAGGGGUGGCUGUGAUCAGAGGCGUUGUCCCAGAAGUCGAAGCGAGGAACUACAAGACAGAGAUUGAGGAAUAUGUCACGAAGAACCCGUCGACAAGUGCAUUUCCACCCGAUAACCCACAGAUAUUCGAGCUCUACUGGUCGAAACCACAAGUUAAAGCAAGAUCACAUCCAAAUGUCCUCUCAACUCAGACCUCGCUCAUGAAAAUGUGGCACUCAAAAGACCAAAAUGCCCUCAUCUCCACCUCGCUACCCCUUACAUACGCGGACCGGAUCCGCAUCCGACAACCAGGUGACAACCAAUUCGCUUUAGGCCCACACGUCGACGGCGGCAGUGUAGAACGCUGGGAGCCUAAUGGAUACGGUCUCGGUGGCGUCUAUGACAAAGUCUUUCAAGGACGUUGGGAAGAGUAUGAUCCAUGGGAAUCCAGCGCACGAAUUCCUGCUGUCACAGAUCUCUAUCAAGGACCCGGUGGUUGCUCCAUGUACCGGAUGUUCCAAGGCUGGCUAGGGCUUUCUCACACUUCUCCUUGGGAAGGCACCUUGCUAGUUAAUCCUCUGCUGCAGCUUGCAACUUCGUACUUUCUGCUUCGACCAUUCUUCGAUCCUGUACGAUCAAAAGUCGGAAUCGAUCCUGAGGAGGAGUCGAGGUAUCUCAGCGCUAAGAACUGGAAGUUGAGAUCGGCUAGCGAGAUGGACUCGGUUCUCCAUGGUGCCAACCCUGGGUCUAGCCAAGAAUUUACUCCUGAAUUCCAUCCGCAUCUCAAUUUGGAGCAUAGCAUGGUCCACGUACCAAAAAUCAGACCCGGGGAUUUCGUCGUUUGGCAUUGCGACACUAUCCACGCUGUUGACAGAACGCACGCUGGCGCGAGUGACUCCAGCGUGAUGUACAUCCCCGUGUGCCCCAUGACAGAGUUGAACGCAAAGUAUGCAGCAGGGCAAAGGGACGCUUUCUUAGCUGGCAUCCCUCCUCCUGAUUUUCCAGGAGGAGUGGGGGAGUCUGAGCAUAUUGGUCGGGCUACUGCUCAAUAUAUUGCGGAGAAAUCGGACGAGCGCGGCAUGAGCUCUAUGGGUCUCUCCUCCCCGAGCCAGUUAGACACUGAGAAGUUGCCGCCUGGUGCCAAAAAGAUGAUUCGGAGGGCGGGCCAGUUGCUCGGCUUUGCUUGA